CUCCCGCAGGGCGACGUCACGAUGCAUGCCCAGGCGUGGGCUUGGCGGCUGUUCUGGCUGCUGGUGAGCGUGAGUCUCGUGGCCCCGGCGUGGGCGGCCCGAAGAAGGGGCGGAAGGAAAGGUCGCAAGAAGGCAGAGGCUAGGGCCUCGCCCAUCCCGUCUGCUGCUCGGAACGCGUCCGAGUCUCCUUACGUAGACCAGCUGGACGCUCUGCUGGCGGACCUAGGGGGCAGCGCCGCCGCGGCCUUCAAGGGCCAGAUCUGCCCCUACGCCCGGCAGCCGAGUCCGCCGCAGUUGUGCCUGUCCCCCCGUCAGCUACUUUCGCCCGAUCCGACCAGCCCCGAUUGUCAGCCGGGUUUCGCCGCCGAUUCCGUCCGAUUAGUGGGGCCCCCCAUGUCCGCCGGUUGCGCCGCCGACUUCCCGUCCGAUUACGUGGCCGAGCCCGCACCGAUCGCAUGCCCCACCGGUCCCGCCGGGCCCCCCGGCCCACCCGGGCCCCCUUGCACCGGCCCCCCAGGUAGGCCCGGCCCCCCCGGCAUCGGCGCGCCGGGUGCCCCGGGGCCGCCUGGCCUCACGUCGGGCUGCAGCGGCGGCGAGUGCGGGGCCGUGGCCAGCUGCGGCAACGACAAGUGGUUCAGCGUCAUCAUCGGCAUGAUCAAUAGCAACCAGUGCUGCGGAAAGGACUGCCAAGUAAGGGACUUCUCUUGA